GUCUGCUUCCUUCUACACUUUUGGAGGGGAAUUUCCAUUAUAGGAUAACAGCUUGAAGUAUAAACUAGUCUCAAAACCAGAGAGAUAUUCUGUAUAAUCCCCGUACUGUUAUGUAUACUAAUCCAACACUCUUUUUGCACCUAAAAAUACAAGAAUGAGAAGUGAUGCGUUGCUGAACUGUUGCAUAAUAUGAGUUGCGCAUCAUAAAUCUGUGCCUGUACUCUUUCGUUACUAACUGGAAUUUUUAACGGCGCAGGACUGGCUGGCUCUAGAACCGAAACUACUGAAACAGUUUUCCAGUUUGGCAUCAAAGUUAAAUAUAUGUGCAUUUCGAGAAAGAGGGCUCUCCCAAAGACGUUACACGUUGUUUGUGUGAUUUUAUUUGCUGCGCAGGCUGAAACCUACCUGACGCUGCAGGAAGAAUGCUGCUUGAAAUCGGUGCAGCUGUGUUCUUAGGAGCAGUCAUUUUAGUUUUUGUAUUGCGGAGAAAAGAGGAGAGUUUGCCAAUCACGGAUGACUGGUGGGGAGAAGAGCCGAUACCUGCUUCUGGGGAAGAUGAAACUAUUCAUCCAUUUAAAGUGCAGACAUCCCGUGAAGUGAUUGAUGAUCUGUACAGGAGAAUUGACCAGAACCGGUCCACCGAUGCUCUCGGAGACAGCAAGUUCCACUAUGGGUUUAAUUCUAACUACAUGCAUAGAGUGAUAACUUAUUGGAAGACACAGUUUAACUGGGAGAAGCAAGUUUCAGUCCUUAAUCAUUUCCCUCACUUCAAAACCAAAAUCGAAGGUAUUGAUGUGCAUUUCAUUCAUGUCAAGCCUUCAGGUGUACCAGCAGGAAAAUCUGUUAAACCACUAAUGAUGGUUCAUGGAUGGCCUGGCUCUUUCUAUGAAUUCUAUAAGAUAAUCCCAUUCCUGACCGAUCCUACCACCCAUGGGCUGAAAGGGGAAAAUGUAUUUGAGGUCAUAUGUCCCUCCAUUCCAGGAUAUGGCUUCUCAGAGGCACCUCACAAACAAGGUUUUAAUGCUGAGGCUGCUGGUCGGAUUUUUUAUAAAUUAAUGCUAAGACUGGGAUUUACAGAAUUCUAUGUCCAAGGUGGAGAUUGGGGUUCAUUUAUCUGUACUGUCAUGUCACAGCUGGCUCCUAGCCAUGUGAAAGGCCUGCAUAUCAAUAUGGUUGGGUUACCCAGGGUGUCAGCAAAGCAGAUAUUCUCAGUCAUGCUUGGUCGGUAUUUCCCAUCUUUGUUUGGCUUCCAUGAGGAAGAUGUGAAACGAUUAUAUCCUUACAUGGAAAAAGUAUUCUACAAUGUGAUUAAGGAGUCUGGCUACUUUCAUCUACAAUCCACUAAGCCUGACACAGUUGGUUUUGCACUGAAUGACUCUCCCGUGGGACUGGCAGCUUACAUCCUGGAGAAAUUUUCCACCUGGACGAAUCGUGAAUAUCGUGAUCUAGACGAUGGUGGACUGGAAAGGAUGCCUGUAAGAGUGCCCACAGGUAUUGCAUCCUUUCCACAUGAUCUGAUACAUGUACCUAGAUCCUGGGCCAAGGAGAAAUUUCUUAACAUCAUCUCCUUUAACUACAUGCACAGUGGUGGGCACUUCGCAGCACUUGAAGAACCAAAGCUGUUGGCAGAAGACAUUCAUCAUUUUGUUAGUCUAGUGGAAAACAAGUAAUGAUGGAAGAGAAACAGUUAAAAGCCUCCACUAACGUACCACAUUAACUAAACAGAGGGAGCAUUCCUUGUUCACCUUUAUUAGGCCCUAUUAAAGUGAAUGUAAUUAAUAGGUGUCACUAAAUUAUACUAAAUUGAAUGCUUGAUAACUUUCUUUUAUAUAGGUCUUCUUUUCAAGUAAGAUCAUUGCUUUUCUCACUAAUACAUCAUAACCAAUGUGUUGUUUACUACAUUAGUAGAGAUUAUUUUAACAAUUUAGUUUCUUGAUAUUUUGGCUAAUGACAGCUACAGUUUUUACUGUCUCUCUUUUGAGUGUCUGCAUAUGUUUGUACUGUGUUUUAUCCAGGUACAACCAUCAGCUUUAAAGAAUAGAAGCAGUUAUAUACCAUUUGCUUUGGCAGUAGAAUAUUGAAAUAUACAUAUUUUAAUAAUAAUACAUUUUUUGAGUAUGCCCUUUCCUAUCUGCUUAGGUCUGAUGACCAUUGACAAACCUUGUUGAAGAUGUUUCGCAUAGAUAUUCUCAGGUCUCCUAGCUACUGUUCUGUAACUCCCAGAGUUCUUUAUCUUUUUCAAGGUAGUAAGCAUUAAUGUUUGUGUGUGAACUUCUGUUACUAAGAAGACAGUUGAUUGUAUUACUGACACCUAGUAGAGCACUGUAUUACUGACACCUAGUAGAGCACUCUGAUUGCUGUUAUAUCUGUCCUCCACGAUACACUACACUGUCCUACAUCAUCUCCAUUGUGAUCUUCAGUGAGAUGUUUUACUAUAUCAGCAAAGAGCUGCUUACUGGCUGGUUAUUCUCCUUACAUGUAUUUGGAAACUUCAACAGUGUUGUGAUGUUGAAUAGCCUUGAAAUAUGUACCAUUUUUCAGGCUGAUAGCUGUUUCCAGUGCAGUUAUUUCACAUAAAACCUUUUUCUGGUAUGAAACUGUAAGUGAAACUUUCUGUACUUCAGAAAUAAGAACAUACAAGUAUCUGCUUGACAUAUUGCAUAAUUUUUCUGUGUUUUUUUUUCUCUAUUGGCCAUUUAAGCUCACCUCCUGCAUGAUAGUGCCAGACAGGCUGCUGUUAACUUUGGAAACCACGCCAGAUUUGCUAAAGAGAGUGAACUCCCAAGUACGUUAUGUAGUGCUUGUGUUCCUUUUAGGUAAGGUACCGUUCUUGAAUUCAGAGCUAACGACAUAUGCAGAUUAUAUCUUAAGUCUGUUCUCAUUCCUGUACAUAUUCCAUCCAUUUUGGACCGAUAGCAAUCCAAAUCGGUUUCUGUCUUACCUGUCUGUAUAAAGCAGGACAUGUGUACAUGAAUUUGUAAGUGUGAACUCUAAGAAAAGCUGCUUGAAUUGCUUGUUCGGAUCACAGUUAAGCAUGUUCAAUACUCUAGUUACCCUGUUGUGCAAACCAUUUAAUAAAUUCUUAACAUUUUUGUGUA